GCGCUUAUAAAUCCAGCGCGAGCAGCUCGGAGCGCGCAUACUCGGGUCAACCCGCACCGAAUGUCCACCUCUCCUCAGACAAACAUCCAGCUCCGUCCGGUACCGGAGAGAAAGGCUCUGGUCUGAGGCUGUAUGCGGCUCCAGGCGUCCAGCAUGAAGACCAUCCUGGCUGCCUACUCCGGCGUCCUCAGAGGCACUGGCUCCAGCAUCUUCUCUUCCCUGCAGGACCUGCCUUCAGCUGUCUGGCCAUGCAGGUCCAAGGUGGAGAAACAUCUGCAGGUCAUCUCUGUGCUACAGUGGGUUCUCUCCUUUCUAGCCAUGGGUAUCGCCUGCACCCUGCUGCUGGUUUACAUGUUCUGUACCGACUGCUGGCUCAUCGCUGCCGUUUACACCGCCUGGCUGAUCAUGGACUGGAACACGCCUAGACAAGGUGGCAGGAGGUCCUCCUGGGUGAGGAACUGGACGAUGUGGACGUAUUUCCGUGAUUAUUUUCCCAUCAGGCUCAUUAAAACCCACGAUCUGCUGCCCAGUAGGAACUACGUCUUUGGCUACCACCCCCACGGCAUCUUCUGCUUUGGUGCUUUCUGUAACUUUGGAACGGAGGCAACAAGCUUCUCAAAGAAGUUCCCAGGCAUCAAGCCCUCCUUGGCGACCCUGGCGGGAAACUUCCGUCUGCCUGUCCUUCGAGACUACCUGAUGUCUGGGGGUAUCUGCCCAGUGAACAAGAACUCUAUGGACUACCUGCUGUCCUGUAACGGAACUGGGAACGCCGUCGUUAUCGUCGUUGGAGGAGCUGCAGAGUCUCUGCACUGUGCUCCUGGCAUGAAUUCUGUCACUCUGCAGAACCGUAAAGGCUUUGUGAAACUGGCCCUGCAGAAAGGAUCCGAUCUAGUUCCGGUGUAUUCCUUUGGAGAAAACGACGCAUACAAGCAGGUGUUCUUUGAGGAGGGCACCUGCUGGAAAUCCCUGCAGAAGAAGCUACAGAAGAUUUUGGGCUUUGCUCCAUGUCUUUUCUACGGCAGCUCCUGGGGCAUUGUGCCGUUUUCCAACCCCAUCACCACCGUAGUCGGCGAGCCGAUAACUGUGCCAAAGAUUGAGAACCCAACUCCAGAGGUGGUGGAUCUCUACCAUGGGAUGUACGUCAGAUCACUUCAUGGCCUUUUUGAGAAGUACAAGACACGGUUUGGGAUGAAGGAGAGUGACGUCCUGCACAUCCAGUGAGAGGACGAGGAGCUGCUGAUGAAUCUGAGAACUGUGAAAGAAACCCUGCCCUCCUCCUGCUCGCUAGGCCGGCUGAUCCCAGAACUGUGACACCAGCAGAAUCUUGUUUUUUUAGAUGAACUGCUGAACUCCACUUAAGCUCCUGCUUAGGACCUGGCAGGUUUCGCUCUGGUGGCCUCUCUGCUGACUUACACCUCCGUUAAAUGCUGUGCCUUUUGUAUCUAUUAUUCCUUCCGGAGCUGCAAAAUCACACAGAGAUGAAGAAUGCUCUGUUCUCUUUUCACUUUCUGACUCUGAGGUGUGCUGAAUGUGCUAACAGUGCUACUACUGUAGUACCAGGGUGAUGAACCAGGGAUGCUGUUCCCUCUGCUGCACCGAUUCCUCCUGUCGGACCAGCCACAAGCUUCCUGCAGGAUGGACCGGUGCAGAAGUGCCUGUGCUUGUUAAAGCCAUAAAGUAUUGAUUGUAUUCUGUGGAGAGGAUGAAGCUCCUCCCUCAGUAAUCAUUUUUCAUGCACUUUUUGUAUUUUCUAAUUGCCUUCUGAGGACUCGGUCAAGAAAAAGCCUUUGAGGAUUUGCUUUUUGCAGAACCGCCGUGGUGCUGCUUCUCUUGCCUCCUUUUAGCCGUUCUGGUUUCUGGGCUGAGAUUUGGAUGAAUUAUGUUUCAUGUUUGUAAUGAAAACGUAUUAUUUCCUACAUCUUGGAGCCUUUUGGAAAGGUUUGAGUAGAUGUUUGAAGUAGUUUUGUGUGUGAGGAACUUGAGAUCUGAUGAUAAAUUCUGUAAUCGUGCAGGGAGGUGUGAUCACUGGAGGUGAAGGGUUACUCAGUAGUUCCUUCGGUGUAGUAAGUAACUUAUUUAGUUUCUGUGGGUAUUUUCCUGUGUUCACGGCGUGUGGACAAGAAUCGUCAGAUCAAAUGAAGUUCAGUCAUGAUGAUGGGAGCUAAUAAGAUGGCCCUAAUAAGGGCAGAUCUCUUACAUGAAGAGCAGUAACAAAUCAGAAGCCUUAAUAAUGCAAGACGCUGUCUUCUAAUAUUCCAAUUAAACUUUUGUACAUUUUCAUGACA